AUGCCUGUCCCAGUAUAUGCACCAUUACCGCCUAAUCAGUACAACUGGCACAACAGACAAUUGGCAGAAUGGCCAACGGCUAGACCUGAGAGUCUCCCAAUACUACAAAAGAAAAAGCGGGUAAGAACCGCCUUUACGACGGAACAACUGAUGCAGCUUGAAAGAGAGUAUAAAAGUAACUGUUUCUUGAUCAGACAUCGACGCAUACAGCUUUCACAGGCGCUGGGUCUCAAUGAACGUACCAUUAAAAUAUGGUUUCAAAAUAGGCGUAUGAAGGAAAAAAAGGAAAAAAUGGUAAUUUCUGAAGAUAGACCAUUACAACAACCGAUACUUCACCUCUCGAGUACAUAUCAAAAUUAUCCAGCAGCAGCUGUACCGACCGAACAAACUGCCGUAUUUGAACCACAUCAGCAUUCUCCGUAUAUGCGUAUGGAGAAUACAUUUAUUCCUGGCGGAGCAAUAUUACCCGAAAGCUAUAUUAUUCAGAAACAACAUCAACAGCCCGGAGUGCAGGUUUCUUUGAUGCCACCAGUUCCUCAUCCUAUGGAUUCUAAAGAAAAUGUUUCCUUAGAAUUUUGGCCAGAUGAAAAUGAUCGAAACUUGAAACUCACUGAACAGCAAUAUUCGAGUAUCCAAUAUAGACACCCGGGUGCAGCGAAUAUACCGAUGCAAUUCUCAGAAACCUUUGUAUCGAAACAACAGCAUUAUCUACCAAAGACGAAUGGGAUUACUCAACAUUUUGUUCACCCAGUGAAUUGUGAAGAAUCUCUUUAUUCGCAAAAUAAUAUUCAAAACUUGCAGCCCAGUGAACAGCAACACUCGAGUGUACAGUACAGGUAUCCAGCUACCGCAACAGAUGUACAGGUGCAACCCCCACAAAAUUUGCUAUCAGAACCAUCCCACGUGAACGUUCAGAGAAAUACUGAACUUGAUCUUUCUUCAUUGAAUUCGGUAAAAACGGUCCCUUUAAAAGAUUUUGAAGAUUUCUGCCAAAAAGCGAUGCUUGAUGAAUUGAAGAAGUCGGGAUCAGAAAAUUUCGAAUCAAAACAGUGUGACUGUUCCAAAUGUAUGUAUGAUGACGAUCUGGCCAUUGCUUCUUUAGACCAUUUCGAGAAACCACCUCAUCAGCCAGAAAUACCAAAUUCUCCAGAAGUGCUUUCACCGGAUGCUUCCAGUGAUACUGACAACUUCCUACCAAAACUAACCGAAGAUGAAUUAUUGUUAACCGACUGGCACCGCAUUAUUAAAAAUAUUAAAUAA